UUUAAUCGUAAUUGUUUACCAUUUAAACAUGAACUUCGUGCCGAGUUAGCAGUUCCAGUCUCAGCUAAGCUAGCUUUUGGGCUUUUGGCGCUGGCUAGAACGCGGAAGUUGGUUUCAGAAUCUCAAGAGCGACGGACCGUAUGGAAAUUAAAGUUGCAAAGAUGCAGUUUGUAAUAUUAAUUUAUCUCUUCCUGGCUGGAAAUUUCUAUUCCCAGCUAGAAUUAGCCGAGGGUUCUAAAAUACUGGCUGUGUACGCCUUUCCAGGCAAAUCGCACUAUAUGAUGCACACAGCUUUGAUAAGGGAACUCGUCGAAAGUGGCCACCAGGUGACCAUGAUAAGUGCCUUUUCCCUGGAGAAAGAGCAGCUCGGCAGCAAUUACACGGAGAUCUUGAUAGAACCGGUCUAUGAUUUUUGGCACGACGUUAAGCUGAACUUUGGAGCCCAGCACUUAUUUGAGCUGACCCGCAUGACCAACUAUGAUUUCCUAAAAAUGCUAGAGAUCAUCGGGCUAAAGACCACGGAGCAUGCUCUACGACAGCCCAAGGUUCGGGCACUCAUUCAUGCGAAGGAAAAGGAGGGGGUUUUUGAUCUUCUCGUGGCCGAGCAGUUCUAUCAGGAGGCCUUCUUGGCCCUGGCUCACGUAUACAAAAUACCCGUAGUCACGACGAGUACCUUGGGCUAUGAGAACCACAUGAGCCAGAUGAUGGGUCUGAUUACACCUUGGUCCUUUGUGCCUCACGGCUUCAUGCCCUUCACCGAUCGCAUGAGUUUCCUUGAGCGGGUUAAGAACUCCUAUGUAUCGUUCUAUGAAGAUAUCGACAGGUUGCUCAACUAUUUCCCAAAAAUGGAUGCGGUUGCCAGGGAGUUUUUUGGCCCCGUUCUAGCUGAGGUGCCAAAAGUCAAGCACAUGGAAAGGGAAAUCUCAGUGAUGCUGCUCAACAGUCACGCCCCGCUGACCACGUCACGUCCCACGGUGGAUGCCAUGGUGCCGGUGGGCGGCAUGCACAUCUAUCCCCCAAAAGCUCUGCCGGCUGACAUGCAAAAGUUCUUGGAUGGCGCCAGCGAGGGGGCCAUCUUCUUCAGCCUGGGCAGCAAUGUCCAGAGCAAGGAUAUGCCGGUGGAGAUGCUGCGCCUGUUCCUGCAGGUAUUCGGUUCCCUCAAACAGCGGGUGCUGUGGAAAUUCGAGGACGAGAGCAUUCGCCAGUUGCCGGAAAAUGUGAUGGUGCGGAAGUGGCUGCCCCAGGCGGAUAUUCUCGCCCAUCGCAACGUGAAGGCUUUCAUCACCCACGGCGGACUGUUUGGCACCCAGGAGGGAGUUCACUAUGCUGUUCCCAUGCUGGGCAUACCCUUUUACUGUGAUCAGCACCUGAACAUGAACAAAGCCGUUUUGGGUGGCUAUGCCAUUAGCCUGCACUUCCAGUCGAUUACCGAGGAGAUCCUCCGACAAUCCCUGCUCCAACUCAUCCACAAUACCACCUAUAAGGAGAACGUUCAGAGGGUCUCGAACAUUUUUCGCGAUCGUCCGCUGGAGCCGCGCAAAAGUGCCGUCUAUUGGAUCGAAUAUGUCAUCCGGCAUCGGGGUGCUCCGCACAUGCGAUCCGCAGGCCUGGAUCUCAACUGGUUCCAAUUCUAUUUGCUGGAUGUGGUGGCCUUCGUGGCCGUCAUUGCUUUGGCUGGAAUUCUGGCUCUCUCUUUGGCUAUUAGAUUGCUGAUGGGCAGUAACAAAAAGCACAAAAAGGCUAAGAAAAAUUAAUUUCUGAGGUUUUAAAGAUCAAUCCUCGCAAUAGUCUACGCUUUAAACUUUAUAAGCGGGGUAUAUUAGACGAGCGUCAGAAAUGUCAGUAUAAACAGA